UAAUAUACGUGUUGAGAGAGGAGGAUGGGAGAUUGACGAUAAUUGCACAGCUUUUCAUACAUUAACCUAUCAAGUGCUAGAAAAUGUACAGUACGAGACAUCAUCUAGUCAUCAUGAACAUGUAGCUUGAGAUUUGCCACAAGAUUCCUUGCAUCGUUUUUAACACAAAUCAGCCAACGUAUGGACUGGAUGAGAUGAACAGGACAGAUUAGAGAUAUUCAGUUGAUGUACCACCUGAGGACGUGACAGAGUACUGUUUUCUCACUCGCUGACACGAAAAGGAAUGGAUCUGAAUUGAGGCACAUCUUUACGUCAUCUAGACAGGGUUUCCAUGCCGAUGGAAGGCACAAACACCAUGAAGAUCACUCAGCUUUAAUGCGUAAAACGAACGCAGCCCUCCGACGACGUAAGCUCGCCUCUCGUCUCCCGAGCCCAACGAGAAUUUAACGACUGCUGGCAAAGGGAUUGCUCUGGCGUGGGAGAGAAAGAGAAAGAGAGCCAGAUCGAGCGUAUUGCAUCCUUAGAGAAGGUUGUGCACGCCACCCACACUGCUCCAGAGUUUAGCAUCGGAUGCGGUUGCUAUGCAUUCUAAAUGCUGAUGAAUCGUCGUCGCUCAUGCUUAGUGAGGGGAAAGCCACCAUUUUGGAAUACGGGAUUUUACUAAGUGCUGCACCUCUGCCUGCCUACCUUUCUAGCCUACAUGCCUGGACUGAGUAAAGUCAGGAGGUUGUUUCAGUAAGCAGGGUGAAGGCACUGUUGAGAUUGACUGAAAAAUCUUCUGGAGUCAGCCAAAAGAUGAAAGCAUUCUUCUGAUUCCUGCAUUUCCAGGAAAACACUUCAGCUCAGAUUCCUAGAGUUUCAGCAAUCAGCCGAUGAAGACGUGAGAAGACGACCCCAGCCUGCAGGAGGUUUAUUCUUCAUGUGCUUGUAAACAAAGGAUGAACAAACUCUGCCCAUAGGUAUCUUCUUGCAGAGGAUAUUUCUCAGAUGAAAACCUUAGAUGUGUAGCCUUGUACCCUAAGGAGGGGUUGUCAUUAUUGAAUCUUCAGCCAGAAGGAAGCCACAAGACUAAGGAAUACAAGUGGAUGUUUUUUUUUUUUUUACUGCCCUGGUAAAGUAGAGCGGAUGAAUAAACAUUGAGAGAUAAAAAGGAGCUGGGAAUUGUUUAUCGUCCAUGGAUUCAUGUUCAUACAUGUGUUAUGUGCAAUGAUGUAAGGGAAACAACACAGUCAUCAAUCUUUGGAGAAGGGAGAAACGCCCUAUUGUAUUGAAUUGAUACAUGUAUGUUAUGCUACUGUGAGAGAUACAUUUGAGGGAGAGGAACAGAAACCUCAUUGCUUGUCCAUACAUGUAGUUAUUUGAAUGUUCCUCUGUCUUUAAGCUCUUAGAAUCGAAAAAGAAGUUGAAGGAAUGACUGGAACCUUCUCCUGCCUCGAUGUCCACGAUGUGAAUCAGUAAGCAACGUGACAGGAAAGCUACAUGUACUUCAGUGGAAAAGGAAAGAUAAACAUGCAGCAUUUAGGAGUAGAGUAGACUUGGUGCUAAGAAAGCUAGCGUCUUUUACCCUAAACGUGGAAGCGAGAACUACUGAAGUGUCGAUGUGGAGAGGAGCCAUUGCCAGGAAUAUCUAAGUUUACUUGCAACUCUACAUCAUUUAAGAGAACUCUACUAACAUUGGUCACUGAAAUAUUCAUGAAAGGCCGGUUUACAUGCAAGCCGUGGUGAGCGCAUAUCCGGCCGAGAGUCGGAGCAAGACUUGACCAUUGAUUCAUUGAUGAGGGCGACGCUGACCACUUGACCACCGCAUCAGCACCGUGCGGACACUCGUCGGUUGCUACAGGGUUUUGACCAUUCAUGAGGAUAUUAGCUGACUAGGAUCGCUACCUAGACUGACCCCAAUGACGCUGACCAAAGCCAAAGAAAUGGACAGCAUUUUCACCGGUCGUCUGACCAACAUACCGCCGCUCACGUCCAAGGUGGUCAAGAUCAUACUCAGCUGCUGUAAAUCAGAUACCAUACAAGAGAGGUUUGUUCUGUUACGAGAUGCUGUCCCAGAGUUGCAGAGGUUUUGUCAGCAAUAUGGCCUGGAUUUCCAGCUGGUGGAUAUGCAUCAGGGACCCUCCAACACAUCAACCAAUGACCAUGAGAUGGCUGGUCUUAGGAUCCAAGAAAUCAUCAACUCACAUCAGCUGUCUCUAGGACCAUUCUUUGUGUCAGUGAUUGGCAACAAGUAUGGUGAUUAUGUGCUGCCGUCUAGGAUCGAAGGAACAGAAUUCAGUCACAUCAGGGACUGUGCAUUUGAAGCUGGCAAAGACAUCAAUGUUCUUGAUGAGUGGUACGUCCAAGAGGGUGAUGGUGUAGAACAGGUCUACGUCCUUCAACCCAUAUCCUCAAAGCUCAAGUACUACUAUGAUUCGAGCCCAGAGAACAAGGAGCUAAAUGAGAAGGACCUGAGCAAAUGGAAGAAGGCCCAUGAUGCAUUGCUGGAGAUCCUACAGCAGUGUGCGGAGUAUGUCCAUGAUGAGGGACUUCUCAACGAAGAACAACUCCACAAAUAUCACAUGUCGGCUCUUGAAAAUGAGUUGACAAGCGCUGUUUACCAGACAGAUAGCUCUGCUGAGAGGUGCGUGUGUGUCUACCGCUCGUUCGACGACCUCCCUCAGAAUGUGGAAUCACAGGAGAUGCACAACUAUGUCGACAUUCGCAAACCCAACCGUCCAAAGAUAUACAAGAAGGCGCAGGAACGUAUCAAAGCGCUCAAAGACACCAAGAUCCCCUCGAUGCUGCCGGAGGAGAAUAUCCUCAAGUUCUGCAUACCCUGGACGGCAAACGGCGUCGACCCUGCAAACUCUGAAGAACAUGAACAGUACUUGAAGGAAUUCUGUGGACAGUUCACGUCCAAGAUCAAGGAGUUGGUGGACAAGUUUGUUGUCCGAGAGAAGGCCAAUCUGCAGAUGAGAGAAGGGUCAGGACUGACCGGAGAGGUCCUGGCCCACCUUCAGGUGGCCGAUGAGUACACAAGGAGCUUUGUUUCACGAGACUCUGUCGUGAACCAAGUUGAGAGACUAGUCAAGAAGACACAAGGAAAAAAUGACAAAAUGCAAAAUGCGAUAUUAUUGCAUGGUGAGCCGGGAAGCGGUAAGACUGUAGUUGUGUCUCAGGUUAUCAAGAUGAUGCCUACUUGGUUAGGUGAUUCGGUCAUUGUUGUGCCAAGGUUCCUGGGUGCAACGACCACGUGUAGAACUGUUCGUGACAUGCUGGAAUCAGUAUGCCAUCAGGUGUAUGAAGUAUACAAACCCAAGAAAAGCAAAUUUGGUGACAUUCCGCAAGACCUAGAAAAGCUCAGACCGUACUUCAAGAACUUAAUCGAGAAACUCCCCUCCCCGACACGACCACUGUGCAUUGUACUGGAUUUCCCAGCAGAGUUUGUGGAAGAAUUUCAAGGCGAUAACUUAGAUUGGCUCCCGGUGAAUUUCCCUACGUCCACCACCCUGAUCAUAGCCCUGACCGAUAGCCCUGUCCUCAAGGUAUUCCGUGAACGAAUCUCAGACGAAUCCAAUCUGAUCAGAGUCACGUCACUCAAUGACAGGGAGCUAUCCGAGAUGGUGCGGCUUUUCCUAACGGACAACAGUCGACUCCUGGUGCCGGAGCAGGUGAAGAUCGUUACAAGGGCGGGUGCGAAGAAUCCCUUGCCGUUGUUUGCCAAGCUGUUAUGCAGAGAGACUCAGUUUAUGAACCCAUCAGGGAAUGGUAAAGAUCCCAUCUCAACCCCUGUAGACGCAUCCAACAUACUGCUGCAGCAUGUAGAAGAUAGGAACGGCCCAGAAGUCACCACCAUUAUCCUGAGGUACUUAACGGCAGCUAGGUACGGCCUGACUGAAUCAGAACUGAUGGACCUCCUGUCCUGUGACGAUGAUCUCUUGGCGAUGGUCUACCCUCAUACCCUACCCCGGGUCUUGAGGUUUCCUCACAGAGUCUGGAUCAACAUCAGGAUUGACCUAGGUCCCCUGAUAGCCAUCCGUUACCUUGACAACAAAAUGUUGAUGACCUGGUCUAGUUCUGUCAUCCACAAGGUCGCUCGUCAGCGUUACCUGAGCUCCAAUGUAGAGAGCAUCAAGGCUCAUAAGUAUUUGGCAAACCUCUUCUUGCAGACGUGGCUCAAAGGAAAGAAGUGGGAGCGAGAGGAUCGUAAGAUGGAAGAUGACGAGGAGGUAGAUGGUAACCGGUACAUCGCCCCUCAACCCCUCCUCUACGGGAAGACCCAGUACAACCUGAGACGACUGAGUGAACUAUGGAACCAUCUAGCUUAUGCUGGUGAUCUGAAGAUGCUGAAAUCGGCCGUUGUGUGCAAUUUUGAGUACCUGCUUGCCAAGACCCAUGCCUCAUCGGUCUACCAUGUACUGCAGGAGCUUGCUACCAUCAAAUGCCUGGUCCUGGACCUAGAGAUAGACCUGGUCUAUGCAGCCCUAGCCAAGUCUGCCGAGGCCCUGAUGGCUGAUCCCUUACAGCUGGCUGCCGAGCUCAUCAGUAGGCUCCUGCCGAUUAAAGGUCAGUAUCCCAGAGAUCUAGACUCUUUGGUCGCUCAAGCGAUGGAGUGGUGCGACCAAUUCACUCGGCCGCUCCUGGUACCCCUUACCUCCUGGCUCCCCACCCAGCACGACUCCCUCAUCUCAUCAGUUCAGUGCGGCAGCGAGAUCGUCAAGAUGGUGGUCUCAACGGACAACCAGCAGAUCAUCCUCAUUACCAACGACAGGACGCUUGUCUGCUACAAACUUGCCUCAAGUGAGAAGCUCUGGUCCUGCAAGGCGGUUCACGCUGAGGAUAUCACCUGCAUCACCAUCUCCAAGGACGACCGCAUCGUCGUCACUGGGUCAGCCGACAAGACACUCAAGCUCUGGACAGCGGAUGGUGGAAAGCUCUUGAGGACGAUCCAGAAGCAUGAAGGUCCUAUCUCCUGCGUUGCUGUGACACCAGACUGCAAGCGGGUCAUCAGCGGUGCUCUGGACGGUCUGGUCAGAGUGUUCAACAUCGAAGAUGGGGAGCUGGUGUGGAACCUGACAGGAUCAUUCGAAUCCUUGGUGACGGUCAAGUCCAACAAAUACAGCAAUAUCCUGAUUGCAGCAUCGGCGGAUUGCAAAGUGCGGACAUGGAGUCUUCGUGAUUUCUCCCAGCUAAACGUGAUCGAGGGCCAAGGAGGUUUCAUAAACCAUAUGACAGUCUCAGGGGAUGACAUGUUCUUCCUCAGAUCUUACGAGGAUUCACGGCUCAACAUGUCUUGCUUGGUAACAGGGACCUUCGUCCAUCCACUGGAAGGCCACAAGGGAAAGAUCGUUGACGUCUGCAUGUGUCCUGAGGGACUCUAUGCUGGCAUAGCAACGUCCGAACAGGUCAUCUACGUCUACAAUGUCCGAUCCCAGGAGCUAGUGCAGACCCUGACCGGUCACUCUGCUCCAAUCCGUAAAGUGACCAUCACUCCCAACGGUCACUUCUUGGUGUCGGCCUCAGCGGAUGGGAAUGUCAAGGUCUGGCUGCUGCCCAAGCCUAAGACUAAGGAGUCGGAUCACACCAAAGCACAUACGGACAAGGUCACAUGCCUUGCCGUGUCCAGAGAUGCAAACUUUGCGAUCACCGGCUCAGCAGACUGCUGCCUGAAGCUAUGGAACAUGGAUCUGUGUCAGAUCAUCCAUUCAUUCUGCGAUCAUACCAAGCCAAUCUCAUGUGUGGCUAUGGCUGAUAAUGGUAGCUUUGCUGUGUCAGGUUCUGAGGAUGCGACCGUCAAGGUAUGGAGUACAGACAGCGGCGUGGUCGUCAUUGCUUUUACCGAGCAUGAGGACUCUAUCUCAUCUGUUCUUAUCACAUCGGACAGCAAGCGCAUUCUCUCGGCCGACUUCAGCAACUACAUGAAACUAUGGGUGGCUGCUACUGGCGAGGUUUUAUUAUCCUGUAUGGGUCCCUCAGCUAUGGUCAUCCUAACACCAGAUGAUACGUAUGCCAUCAGUGGAGACCGCAACGAGCUGAUGAAGAUCUGGACUACGGGCAGUGGAGAAUCGGUCAAGACCGUCAACCAUGUACAGAUCAUCACAUGUGUGACUGUGACAAGAGACAGUCAGUUCACAAUCACAGGCUCUGAGGAUAUGUCUCUUAAGAUCUGGGAAACUAAGACUGGCAAACUUACUCAGAUCUUGGCAGGACAUGAUGACCGGGUAACCUGUGUAGCUACGGCUGAUCAUAACCGUCAUGUGAUGUCAGGCUCGGAUGACUCUACUCUCAUCAUAUGGAACAUGUCUACAGGAGAGAUAGAGAAGACACUCACGGGACACACGGCCGCUGUGACUGGCUGUAAGAUGACAAGCGAUGGCAGCAUUGCUGUAUCAUGUUCGUUGGACGGCACAGUGAGGGUAUGGAUGGUCCAGACAGGCACCAUCAUCACCUCCUUCCACAUCCGUCAACCAGUCGCUGGACUCCAGAUGUCCUUUGAUGCUAGCUUCAUCAUCCUCAAGCUGGUGGAAGGAGGGAGCACUCCUCUCCUCUCUCUUCAUAACAGCCCUGCAUCUGAUAUCAAGUCACAGAGCCAGGUCGACAUCGACGUCAAAGAAGAAUCCCAGACUGUACUGCCGAUCAAGCCCCACCCACCCCUGCUUCACAAACAAACCUCGCUUCAAAUGUCCCAGGUGGGCCGCAAGUCAACAAGCUCCGCCCCCGACGCCAACCGCAUCAAAGCCGCAAACAACCAGAAAGGGCGCCAUCAGAGUUACUCUGAUAACAGCUCAAGCAACGGCUCCACGGGCAAGAUGAAACGCAACAAGAGAUCGGGGGUCUGCCGCAUUGUGUAGCAUGAUCCGGGAUGAGUCGUCAGAUGGCACGUGAGAUUGAGAGUGAUAUAAAGAGAUGUUUUUGUUCUGUGCAAUCAGACUUUAUGAAAGGAAGAAUUUAUAUUUGAGAUCGAUCAUUUUAAAAUUUCUAUUUAAGGAUGUUUCUUUAAUUACAGAUUUACAGAUCAACUUAAUUCUUUGAACUCCAUUGGACAUUGAAGUGUUCUCUAGUCAUUUCAUUUCACAACUUGCUCUGAAAAAAUGUAAAAUCCUCAGUUUAAUCUUCAUGUUACUGAGCUUUCUUUCAUUGAUUUUCAUUUCCCGGGCAGUUUUCUUUUUUCAUUAAAGAUUUUGAGAAAAAUAAUCUUCUAUACUCUGGCUGUGUAGUCUUUGCCUGUCACCAGUUUGUUUUUUGCUUUAAUAACCUUUUUAUUACGUCACUUAUAGGAUGAAAGUGACUUUCACAAGAUUUUCACAGUAAGAAAAUAUAAACAAUUUGUAAUUGUUCAUUUACAAGUAAACUACGGGUCACAAGUACUUUUCAGUAUUGGCUUCUGACUGUAAAAAUGCCAUCACUUGAUCAUUAUUGCAUUAGAAGCUUCUAACAAAUAUUUUGUUAUUACAUGCUUUCAUAAUGUAGUAAGGUACUCAUUUUGAGAUGUUUUCUUUACAAUUUUCUUUACAAUUUUUUAUUUAAGUGUGACUAGUACAUACACAUCUUGAUUGGUAGUGAAAGGCAAAAAUUGUAUGAUUUCAAAGUGACUGCAGAUUUUAUUCCCAAUCAUGUGCAUUAUUUCCUCUUGAUAAAGAUAUAUUCUUCAAAUAAAAUUGUUAAAGGUACAACUACAGGUAGAAGAGUUAUAUCUCCUGUGAAAGAUUAUCAACAUCCUCAUGAAUUAGAGAUAUCAUGAACUUGUUUAAGUCUUCUCACUUAUGAUCAUUUGUGUUUCUUUUUUUAUGAUGCAAAAACUUGAAAUUUGAACAAAAUUAUAUUGGACAUGCCUUGUGAAGAAAAAAAUGCCACUUGCCAAAAUGUCAGUUGUACCUCAGUGUAAUAUGACCAUGCUGCUAUUAUCUAACUCACUUAUGACUUUUUCUUGCCUCAUUUGAUUUUUUUAAAGUUCAUCUUGAAGCUAAAAUGGUAAAGAGUACAUUAUACAUGUAGGUAUUCAACUUUGCAUGAUAGUUAAACUAUGUGACAGCCUACAGAUGCACUAUGAAAGCUUGAAGUAGUAUUACAUUUAAAAGUGGAUCUCAUGUAAAUGACUUGGGAUUGUAUUUGGGGGUUAUAUUCCAAUGUGAGUUACUUUCAGACCCUUUUCUAAGUAAUACCCUGACAUUCUUAUUUAUUCAAUAUUUUAGAUAUAUUUGAAAGUAACCUCUCAUACCUACCUCCUUCUAAAAUUAUAGUAAAAUAAUCAUAAAAUAGCAUACUGGUAAAAGAUUGUUUAGUUUUUUUCCUUUGGAUGUCAAGACAAGCAUCGUAAACAUAAGAUAAAAAUUCUUUGUCGAAUUUGUUUUGAUAAUUUAUUUAUAGCAAUGCUAUGUGUGCUAAUACAAACUAAAAGCAGACUGAAUUGACAAUGAGACACAUUUAUGGAUGAUAUUUUCAAAUGUUUGAAAUUUACCUGUGCGGUUCUUGAGUUAUUCUAUUUUCUUUCACCGAACAUUCCAUUUGAAUCGCUUGUAUCUUGCUAGACAAGGGAUCGGAGAGGCAAUCUGGAAGAAAGAAAAACACAGUGGCAAUCGCUUACUUAAUCAUGCAUACAUAUCUUUUCUUUCAAUGUGAAGCACGAUGCUCAUUUUGAAUAUCUAUUGUCAUGACUCAUGAAUAUUCAUCGUUAUAAUUCAUGAAUAUUCAUUGGAUUGGUGCACUGUCCAUGUGGGUAGGUCUGUAAAUACUUAAGGCAGCCUGUAUUUUGCUGGUACUUAUUGGUUGUAAAUAUUCAUGAGAUGUACAAAGCAAAGACCUACUACUGUGUGUAAAGUUAAUCUGUUUAUUAUGUGCAUGUAAUGAUACGUAUCUGCAUGAAUUCAAAGUAUGUGCAUGUAUUUUGUACCUUUGCUUAGUAGUCUUAAAAAGUAUCAACAUUCAUGUGGCACAUUGUAUUAUUUUUCAUACUUUUCUUCAAAACAUUAUUCUGUUGACGUAUUUAUAAUUGUUAUAUUUGUGUGUAAUAAGUAUAUGUACAUGACCAUUGCAAGGACAGUUGUAUGCAAUAUUUUCUUUGAUUUUAUGAAGACAUAUUUUCAAAGUUUGAAAAGUUUUUGACUUGCAGUGAGAGAAUUAUAAACUUUGGAAUCCAAAGGAUUUAUUUCAUGUAGGAGAGCCACUGCCACAAAUUCAAUGGAGAUUUCAUUUGGAAACUUUCCUCUUGUUAUGAAAUAUAUCUAAAGAAUGUUGGCAUUUUUUUCAUCUUUUUUUUUUCUGUUCGGUUUUUUUAAUGGAUGAAUCGGGAUACUACUAUAUUUUUCUUGUUUCAAUGUACAUGUGUAUUUAAUGUUCACAAGUCUGUGCAAAAUUUCCUAAACCUGUAUGAUAUGCAGUUAGCUCAUGGAGAAGUAUCCAUGUUUCAUGAAGGAACUAGGAAUAAAAAGAUUUUGAUAACUACCUUUGUAUGUAUAUGAUGCUCAUACUCUUUAUGUUGUGCACAUGUGUGUUAUUAUGUGUCACAUAUAACAGCUAAACUCUGAUAAACUUGAGUAUAGAUGCAUUUUUUUAUUUCAAGUUUCUCUCUUUCCAUUCUUUCUCCACUUCUCUGUCCCUUUUCAUCUUCCUAUUUUUCUUUCCUUUCGUUAUAUCAUGAAGGGAGUGUUUGGUACACCAUUCCCUGUUAUAUAUGAUCACAUUCUUUGCUAUGGAUGGGCACAUCACAUAGCAAAGAUAUCAUAUUUAUGCACAAGCUAUUUUUUUAACAUCUGUGUUGCACAGCUCUGUAUUGAAACAUACAUUCCAUUUUCUUUGCUUAUUAAAGCCACGAAUAUCAACAUUUUUAACAAAAUUGUUAUUACUACAUGUUGGCUUUGUGACUUUACCCUGUAUUAAACAUUUCAAUUUGUGCUGACGGAAGUAUUGGAAUAUUCUAUGUGUGUAAUUAAAGACUUUAUUAUCACAUUUGUGCAAUAUUUUUGGGUAGAUGCUAUCAUUUGAAGUCUUUGUAAAUUAUUAUGCUUCUAAUGAGCAUCAUGCACUCAAGAAAUACAUUAUUUUUCAUUACUUUUGAAUGAUAAGUUAAAUCAUAUAGUCAAUUAUGUGAUAUCAUGAACAAAGAUUAAUGUAGUUGUGAUAAAUUGACAAGAAAUUGAAUACCUUUGUACUAUCUACACUUGAAUAAUAUUUAUUAUAUCACCAGUCAUCUACUCUAUCUUGUAAUAUAUUUCAGUAUCAUAUUGUAAGCUUAUUAAAAGUAAUAUAUUUCUGUGUUUUUUUGUGUGUAAAGAACAAGAUGAGAUGAGAAGAGAUGACCAUGUAACUAAUUCUUGGCUUAUUUUUAUACUAUCAAUUUGUUCUUGAAGAAAAAAAUUGUCAACUUCAGUAUAUAUAUUUUGAUAAUUUUUCUUGUAGCCAUUGCUUAAGGGAUUAACUGAUAUGCAAGUCAAAUCACUCAGUGUGAUUAAAAACCAUGAAACUAAAAAAUGUA